AUGCACCUUAGAGGAACUAUGAGUAGAGUGCCCACAUUAGCCUCAUUUGAAGUGCGAUACAAAAAAUCCUUCGGCCACAAAUUUCGUGAUUUUAUUGCUUUAUGUGGUCACUAUUGCUCCCCAAUUAAAAAAUAUGUUUUCCCUAAUUUUAUUGCAGUCCAUUAUUUUUAUACGAUAGUCCUCACGAUAAUAACCUCUAUUAUGUUGUAUCCAGUUAAGAACAUCAGAUAUAUUGAUGCCUUGUUUUUGGCAGCCGGCGCGGUCACUCAAGGCGGUUUAAAUACCGUGGAUGUCAAUAAUUUAACCUUAUAUCAACAAAUUAUUUUGUACCUUAUAUGCUGCAUAUCAACCCCAAUUGCCGUUCACAGUUGUUUGGCAUUCGUAAGACUCUAUUGGUUUGAACGUUAUUUUGACGGUAUUAGAGACUCUUCCAGGCGAAAUUUCAAAAUGAGAAGAACUAAGACAAUCUUGGAAAGGGAACUAACCGCUAAAACCAUGACCAAAAGUAAAACAGGCACUCAAAGAAUGUCACGUCCCGAGAAAUCGGAUAAAAGAGACGAUUUCCAAGAAAAAUUGUUUAGUGGAGAAAUGGUUAAUAGAGAUGAGCAGGACUCGGUUCAUAGUAGCCACAGUUCUCGUGAUAGUAAUAGUAAUAGUAAGAGCAAUAACACCAGUAAUAACAAUGGGAGCAGUGGCAGUUUGGACGAUUAUGCUAAGGAAGACGAAGCGGAUGAGGUCCAAAGAUACCCAGGAAACAAGUCCUAUUCGAGUGUAGGCAGUUCUUCCAAUACAGCCACAGACGAAAACAUAAGCCAAAAAUURAAGCCAAGUAGUCUUCGAUUUGAUGAAUCGCAAAAUAAAAGAAAGCGUACGGGAGUCCCCUCAGAAAAAUUUGCGAGAAGGAGAGGUUCAAGAGAUAUUACUCCUGAAGAUAUGUAUCGAUCCAUUAUGAUGCUACAAGGUGAGCACGAGGGUACUGCAGAAGAUGAAGGACCACCUUUAGUUAUUGGAUCGCCUACGGACGGUACAAGAAGUACGGGCAACAGUAAUAAGUUAAAAUCUGCUUCUAUGAAUGAUGGUAAAGUCAAGAUUCAAGAUAAAGGAGCUAAAAUUAGUUUAGACCAGGACUAUGUAUCACAUAGUUCAAAUUCUUCCGCAUGCACUUCGGAUGAAGAUUCUCUUCCCACAAAUUUUGGAGGUACUACACCUUCAUUAAGCGGAAAGACACAGAAAUCAAGUUCAGGCCCAAUAGCGUUUACUGAAGGGGGGGGGGCUGACAGAAAACAGGGUCCAUCGAUUCAGUUUAAUAUCACUAAGCCGCCAAGGAGGGCUUCCAAGUCUAAGAGGGUUUCUACUAUGGACGACUUAAACCCAAGAUCAUUUUUUCCCCAUCAAAAAAAAACAUCGAAGGGAUACAUAAUGAAACAUUUCCCGAGAGCCCAGCGAAUACGGCAGCAGAUUAAAAGGAGACUUUCCACGGGUUCGAUCGAUAAAAAUAGUAGCAACGACGCUCUUGAUAGAGAGCCCGUUUCUGGUCUAGACGAUGGUGAUGAUGAUGAUGGCAACGAAGGUGAUAACAUGGAAGAGUACUUUGCCGACAACGAAAGCGGAGACGAAGAUGACCGAAUGCAACAUUCUGAACCACAAUCUAGCUCAGAACUUAAAUUGAAACAACAGCAACAACACCAAUUGCAGAGAAACCUACAUCGUAUGUACAAGACGAAAUCCUUUGACGAUAAUCGUUCAAAAGCAGUCCUUAUGGAACGGUCUAAGACUAUCGAUAUGGCCGAAGCUAGAGAUUUGAAUGAACUUGCCAGGACUCCUGACUUUCAAAAAAUGGUUUAUAAGAAUUGGAAGGCCCAUCAUAAAAAUAAACCAAACUUCAAAAGGAGAGGCUGGAAUGGCAAGAUGUUCGAACACGGUCCUUAUGCCUCCGACAGCGAUCAUAAUUAUCAGGAUAAUGGCAAUAAUAGUAAUAUUUUGGUUCACUACGCGGAAUCCAUUUUACAUCACGAUAAUUCUCAUAGAAAUGGAAGCGAAGAUGUUUCUUCAGAUUCUAAUGAGACCACUUAUCCUGUGAAUGGAAACAAUGAUUACAACCAAAACGAUACCAAUGGAUAUCCCACUUACAACGAUGAAGAGGAAGGCUAUUAUGGUUUACAUUUCGAUUCGGAUUAUAACUUAGAUCCUCGCCAUGCUCUAACCCGUAGUGGUACCAAAAACUAUUUGUCAUGGCAACCGACUAUUGGACGUAAUUCAAACUUUCUUGGGUUAACAAGAGCCCAAAAGGAUGAACUGGGCGGUGUCGAAUACAGAGCCAUCAAAUUACUAUGUACCAUAUUGGUUGUCUAUUAUUUUGGAUGGCACAUCGUCUCUUUUGUUAUGUUGGUGCCUUGGAUUAACUUGAAAAAACACUAUAGCGAUAUUGUCAGAAGCGAUGGUGUUUCACCUACAUGGUGGGGGUUUUGGACGGCAAUGAGUGCCUUCAAUGAUUUAGGAUUAACAUUAACCCCGGACUCAAUGAUGUCAUUCGAUAAAGCCGCAUAUCCCUUGAUCGUUAUGAUUUGGUUUAUCAUUAUUGGAAAUACAGGGUUCCCCAUCCUUCUUAGAUGCAUUAUUUGGAUAAUGUUCAAACUUUCCCCUGAUUUGUCGCAGAUGAGAGAGAGUUUAGGUUUUCUCUUAGAUCAUCCACGUCGUUGUUUUACUCUAUUGUUUCCAAAGGCUGCUACAUGGUGGCUGCUUUUGACCCUUGUAGGACUAAAUUUUACAGAUUGGAUCUUAUUUAUUAUUCUGGAUUUCGGUUCAACUGUAGUUAAAUCGCUAUCGAAAGGCUAUAGAGUUCUUGUUGGUUUAUUCCAAUCUGUCAGUACGAGAACCGCCGGUUUCAGUGUCGUUGAUUUGAGUCAGUUACACCCCUCCAUCCAAGUAUCCUAUAUGCUUAUGAUGUAUGUCUCCGUGUUACCAUUAGCUAUUUCUAUUAGACGGACAAAUGUUUACGAGGAGCAAUCUCUGGGGCUGUACGGAGAAAUGGGAAGUAAACCAGAAGAUACUGACACUGAAGAGGACGGCGACAACGACGAUGACGAUGACGACGACGAAGGAGAAGAAGAGGCGAGCCAAGAAGGGGCAAGUAAUCGUAGGGGCAAACCAAAGAAAGAAAAUAAAAAGAAAAAAAAGAGAAAAGAAAAUGAGAACCCCAACGAAGUAUCAACCAAGUCCUUCAUUGGUGCGCAUUUAAGAAAACAGCUUUCUUUUGAUUUAUGGUUUUUGUUUCUCGGCCUAUUUAUCAUCUGUAUUUGUGAAGGUGACAAAAUUAAAGACAUCCAGAGGCCCAACUUCAAUGUAUUUACAAUUCUUUUCGAGAUCGUUAGCGCAUAUGGUACAGUCGGACUAUCAUUAGGCUAUCCGAACACUAAUCAAUCAUUUUCAAGGCAGCUAACCACAUUAUCCAAAUUGGUCAUCAUAGCUAUGCUGAUUAGAGGUAAGAAUAGAGGUCUGCCAUAUUCUUUGGAUCGUGCCAUUAUUUUGCCAAGUGAUAGACUUGAACAUAUCGACCACAUUGAGGACUUAAAAUUGAAGAAGCAGGCCAGAACCGAUACGGAUGAUCCAAUGACGGAGCAUCUCAAGAGGAGUUUUAGCGAUGCAAAACAUCGUUGGGACGUACUUAAAAGCAAGAGUAGCCAUUCCCGGAGUUCGAGAAGAAGUACCAAAACCAAUUGA